AUGAAGCAGUACAAACUUUCCAAACAAGACAGCUCAGGUGGCUACAGAUACGAGCCAGAAAAGGGCGAUGCAGAUUCAUUCACUGUGGACAUCAAACAACGCCCGAUCGGCGAGAACCCUUUCAUAUUCCUGUAUCGGGACUCAAGAACGCAACAAGACCAAAAGGACAUAGCACUCGCCGCAGGCCGACUUUCAACAUCGUCUAGCUUUAAGAUCUACCUCGGAGACCCUAAGUGCUACUUCGAGGACUAUGAUAAGUCGCUCCCGUGGGAGAAGAUGAAUAUUGAGCGUCCAGAGUCAACAUGGUCUCUUGGCUUUGCUGAGUCGGAUCUCAGGAGGGACUUUAUCUGGAAGAAGACGAGACGAAUUGCCGUGGACGGCGUAGACAAGCCUUCUCGCCUUUUGGCUCAGAAUUGGAAGCUCACUUGUGCAAAUGACCCUGAUGAUGUACUGGCUAUUUUCACUGGCGACCUCGGUUUGUCGCGAGGGGGCACCCUGCAGAUCGAUGUGGACUGGGGCAUCCAGUUUGAACAUAUGGUACUUAUCACCCUGGUUUGCCAGUUUUCGAAACACAAGCAGCCAGCCAGCCAGAGUAGUGGUUCAUCCCUUGCUACUGCUCCAGGGGGAAUUUAA